UGCACAUUCUCCUGCCGCCAAGCUCACCCGCCGGUUUCUGACAGUAGAGCUCCCCACCUAUCUAGAUUACCAGCAAGUGAUAAGCUCCCCCGGAGAAAUCUCACCAUGCUGUGGACACUAUUUUUCGGGCUCGUGGCAGCCCUGCUAAGGACCGCAGCAGCCGCCGCCGCCAACGCCGUCUACCAGGACCCUGACACCGGCUUGAUAUUCACGUCCAACUUCCAGCUCUACAAGGCCGACGGCCGUGGCAUCACCUUCCGCGUCGCAAUUCCGGACACCGCCCAGAGCUAUACCUCGUAUGACUCCGUCAUCCAGAUGGUCGUGCCAAACGACGUCGGCUGGGCCGGCCUCUCCUGGGGAGGUUCCAUGCCGCGGAACCCGCUGCUGGUAGCUUGGAGGGGCUCCAGCAACAACGUCGUCCUGUCCUCCCGCUGGGCCUCCGGACACGUCAUGCCGCAGCCGUACACGGGCGCCGAGUACACGCUCUUCAAGGCCGGGACCAAGUCCAACAGCACGCACUGGCAGUUCACGGCGCUCUGCAAGGGCUGCACGGCGUGGGAGUCCGGGUCGUCGAUGCGCUACCUCAGCCCGAGCGGCGGCAACCGCCUCGCCUUCGCCUACUCGCCCGGCAAGCCGUCCAGCGUCAACAGCCCGUCCUCCAGCAUCCCCAUCCACGACGUCCACGCCUACUGGUCGCACGACUUUGCCCAGGCGGCGAAUCCCGACUUUGAGAAUACCGUCGCGAGGCUGACGUCUUGAGUUCGGAAAAGAUUGGGGGAGGGGCUGGGGGCAUGAGCAAGGGGUCUGUUGUUGGGGGGCGCAGUGGUGAU